UCCAUUCGAUUCCGGCGGUGGAGUUAGUCAAAGAUGGCUGACAGCGGGGACGGUCCAAACACUGGCACCUCACGAAAAGAAUCAAGGACCAAUGUCAGUGAUAUUCCAGUCACAGAUCCAGCAGCGAACAAGAGCCUAGAGGCAUCAAAUAAUGCCUUUCACGGCCCGAGAACAAAAUUAGAAUCUAAGUCCGGGGCCUUGAAGAAGUCCAGCCGUUACCGGAGUCGCUCGUUAUCAGCAAGCAGCAAUGACAGCUACAGUUCCGCAUCUUACACAGGAAGCUCAUCGGACGAGGACGACGUGUCCCCCCGGGAGAAAAUCCAGAAGACAGACAAGGGCUUCACGGAUUUUUGCGUCCGGAAUAUCGGACAACAUGCCUUCGGGAGGCGGGAGAUUGAAAUUGCCGAGCAGGAGAUGCCGGGGAUCAUGGCAUUGAGGAAGAGAGCUGCUGAUGAUAUGCCCCUGAAAAACGCCAAGAUCGUGGGCUGCACACACAUAAACGCUCAGACAGCCGUGCUUAUUGAAACCCUGGUGGAGCUUGGAGCACAAGUGAGAUGGGCCGCUUGCAAUAUAUAUUCAACCCAGAAUGAAGUCGCUGCUGCACUGGCAUCAGCUGGUUACCCCAUAUUCGCGUGGCGAGGGGAGACCGAGGAGGACUUCUGGUGGUGCAUCGACAAGUGCAUAGCAGCUGAAAAUUGGCAGCCCAAUAUGAUCCUGGAUGACGGGGGAGACGCCACGCAUCUCAUGCUGAAGAAGUACAAUGCCAUGUUCAAGAUGAUUCAAGGUAUCGUCGAAGAGAGUGUCACCGGUGUUCACAGGCUCUAUCAGCUCUCCAAGGCCGGAAAGCUCUCGGUUCCAGCUAUGAAUGUCAACGAUAGUGUCACGAAAACCAAGUUUGAUAAUCUCUACAGCUGUCGAGAGAGCAUUAUCGACAGUUUGAAGAGAUCCACAGACGUCAUGUUUGGGGGAAAGCAAGUCGUCAUCUGCGGGUAUGGGGAGGUGGGUAAAGGCUGCUGUCAGGCACUCAAAGGUCUUGGGUGCAUCGUCUAUAUCACGGAGAUUGAUCCCAUCUGUGCGUUGCAAGCUAGUAUGGAUGGUUUUCGUGUGAUGAAGCUGAACGAGGUAAUAAGAAAUGUGGAUAUCGUUAUAACAGCCACUGGCAAUAAAAACGUUGUGACUCGCGAGCACAUGGACAAGAUGAAAAACGGCUGUGUCGUGUGCAACAUGGGGCACAGUAACACCGAAAUUGAUAUUAAUAGCUUAAGAACUCCAGACUUGACUUGGGAGAAAGUCCGGUCACAGGUGGAUCACGUUAUUUGGCCUGAUGGCAAGAGAAUUGUGCUCCUGGCUGAAGGCCGCCUCGUCAAUCUCUCCUGCUCAAGUAUUCCAUCGUUCGUCGUGUCCAUCACAGCCGCCACUCAGGCAUUAGCACUUAUUGAAUUAUUCAAUGCACCGCCGGGACGUUACAAGAGUGAUGUUUAUUUACUGCCUAAGAAAAUGGAUGAAUACGUGGCAUCUCUACAUUUGCCGACAUUCGACGCUCACCUGACGGAACUCACGGAUGAGCAGGCGAAGUACAUGGGCCUCAACAAAGCCGGCCCAUUCAAGCCCAAUUAUUAUCGUUACUAGGUGAACAUGAGCGUUGAGUUACUUCCAUCGAUCGACUGCAGACAAAACGUCGGAAAUCGCAUGCGACAAUGCGAUUUUUUUCAUUUCGUAUUCCUAUUUCAAUCGAUUUACCUGUAGAGCAUAUAGUUUUUACAAUUGGAAGUGCCAUCGAAAUUUCACUGUUUGUAGAUGAAGAUGAUGAAUCGUGAGAUCUGUUUUUUCAUCAACGGAAUUGCAGAGUGAUUGAACAAUUCAGUAGUUUUCUACCGCAGUUUUUGACGGAUAUCUCAGAAUCCAGAGGGGUUAGCAACAUUUUCGAGAGGACCUUUCUUGUAGCUCUUGAAAUUCCCUAGAAAAAUGAUCUCUACAAAGAUUUCUCUAUCUCCCUCCCAUUCCGAGAUAUUCAGCAAAGAGGAAUGUUUUAGAAACAUUAUUCACCUCGUUUUGCCACUGAAUUGUUCAAUAGAAAAGUUGUCGAUGGACUAAUCGAUACAUGACUCGUUCAGUGAAUAAAAUAAUCAUGUUAUCGAAGCCAAUCAAAGUAUACAGUGGAGAUUAAUCGAGACCGCACAGUAUAGAUUCCCUGGGAAAGCUGCGGGUGUACAUAAAACUGAUGAAUAUCGCAUAGUAGUUCCCCUUCAAGUAUUCCAACAAUUCUCUUAAUUCGAGUUAUUUAAUGCAAUUGAACAUAACGAUGGCAUCUCUUCACGAAUAAGAUGCUACCGUCGAUUCCCCCAUUCUCGUGAAAUCUGUUUUUUAAUUAAUUCAUAUGUAGAGUGAUUAAGCUAUUCAGUAAUCAAGUGGGGGAAUUAAAUCCUUCCGCAGUUUUUGGUGAAUAUCUCCGAAUCCAGAGGGGAUAGCCACAUUUUUGAGAGGACCUUUUUUGUUGCUCUUGAGAUUUCCCACAAAAAUGAUUUUGACGAAAAUUCGGCUAUCUCCCUCCAAUUGCGAGAUAUUCAGCAGAGAAAAAUGUUUGAGAAAAAUUUAUUCGCCGAAAUUAAUUUCUCGAUGGACUCCUCCAUACAUAAUGCUAUUGAACCACAUGAUGGGGGCAUCUCUCCACUCCUCUUAUUACUUCGUUCAUUAAAAGCCCCCGAAAGUAUUUAAUUCCCCACUAUCAACAACUGAUGCAAUAAAAUAUUUUACGAUAGAAAUAACAUACGUAGUUGUGUUCCAUUGAAUGAACUGUUGAAGACAAACGACUAAAUUAAUUUGCUCAUGCACAUUGAGAGAAGUUGUAAAAAUAUCUCGGUUGUGAAGAGUCAAAGGAAACUCAUUAAAUUUUCCAUAUGCAGUUACUCGUGAAACGAAUUGGAUAGAUGGAAAUUGUGACAGGCUAUCAGUGCUGGGAAUGGCCUCAGGUACGAGAGUAACAGUAUGAGCCAUAGUAUUCAAUUUCAGGGACACAAAUCAAGUCAAUAAUUUAUAGUUCAUACAUAGAUUGUAAGAAAAUUCAACAUAAUCACGGAAACAAUUGAAAAUAAAAUAGAUUAGGUUGAACAGGUAAUGCACAUGGGCCUAAAUUGUUAAUGAAAACAUGAUGAGAAUGCCUUGACGAAGCGAGAUCAGUAUUUCUAGAUUAUUUCAUACCUGGAAGUGUCACCGGGACUGGAAUUGAUCACCAAAAUUGUUAUUUUUCUGAAUGAAAUUCCAUAGAUGUGAGAGAAUAUGUGGGAGAAUUUUGUUUUAUUUCUAUUCAUGGUUAAUGCACUGAUGAAUUCGAAGUGAAACAAGAAAAUAGAUCGAACAACAAUGAUGGUAUUUUUGUAACGAGAUAUUUGUGAAUAAAAACGACAGCAUGAUUAUCAUUGAACAAAA